GUUACUUUAUGUUAGAAAUAAAAGUGUAAUAGUAUGUUAAAGUGUAAGUAAUUGUGAAAGUCAAAUCUUUCGUACUUUCAGGUUGUAAUAACCCUGUGUGUAUGUGUUUCUUUUUUUUCUUUUUUUUUUUCUUUUUUGCAUGUGUACUUCCGCGUACAAUGUUUUUUUCCCCACUGACACACGACAACUUUCGAGCAGGAAACCUAUCAGACGCUUCGCCUGUCGUUUCUCCUGUAUUCACUGCCGGGCGCCUUUGGGGCUCAGUGCUCUAACCCAGCCAUGAGCAUCAUCGGGGCUGAGGAUGAGGAUUUUGAGAACGAUCUGACUGAUGUGGCCGAUGACCAUUGCCCAGCCUUCAACUUAAUAGAAAACUUGAAGUAUCGGCCGACCCACUUGCUGGUCUUCAUGCAACAUGUCAUUCUACAGUUUGACCCUGCUCCCCUGCUGUGUUACCUUCAUGCUGAACUCUUCAAGAACCUCAGUGCCAAAGAGACCAAGAAGCAGUUUGUGGAGUUCUACAACACUUUCUUGGAUAAGGGUGCAAUUCUCAGAGUGGCCAUCUGCCCUGAGAUAUGCUAUGAACUGGACCGAACUCGUCCAGAUCUGCUCACUGAGGAAACCCAAAGGCGUUUCGCUCAUGAAAUUCAGAUUCUGCAGGCUGCAGAAGUGGCCAAACAGCUGGAAGAUUUCAGGCAGAAGAGGAUGAUGGGUAUGACCCCCAACGAGGCUGAGCUCAUUGAUGUGGACAGCCACUAUCCCACCGACCGCGUCCCCAUUGAGAUGAAGGAGAAGUCUGUGGCUGAGAACCUGCUGGAUAAGAUGUCUGAAACACAACCCUCUAUCGUCUCAGACGAGGAAAAAUGCCAAUCCAUCUUUGCAGCAGUGGUCUUUUACAUGAAGCACCUCGGUGUUAAAACCAGAGCAGUCGACAGUAAGAAAUCCAGAGGAGGCUUCUUCAGGAGGCAACUGGUAAAGAAUAAGAAGGAUGAACCCUCAAGGUCCAAGCCUAGAGGAGUGUUUCCAAUCCCCAGCUGGAUUGCAGGAAACACUGAUGUCAAACCUAAGACGGAGGCUGAAGCGGAAAAGGAGAAGGUCAAUCCAGAGCGCAAGGGUCUGGCUCCUGGCAGAGGCUCCUUGACUGACUCUGCAGCUCCCUCUAUCCCCAGCAAGAAGUCUGGUUCCAGUGCAAGCCCCGCCUCCCUGCCGGGGUUGGAGAUCAGUGACGGGUCAGGCAACAACAUCAUCACCACCAACAGUCCUAAAUCUUCACAAACCGAUGGGCUAUCAAGUAAUCGCUUGGAGCCUCCGACUCUGUCAGACGGAGGCGACGUGUCACCUGUCGGGCCGGCUGGAGGGCUGACUAUCGGGGAGACUUUUUCAACCAGCGAAACUCCUGCAGAGGAGAAUCUGGAGAAAGAGAGAAGGAAGAGUAGGAAAGUGGGGCGUAGCGAGAGUGCCCGUGUGGACCGGCACUCCUCACGGCGCCGCGGCUCUUCCCGGGCCAAGCAGUCUCGCUCUCGGAGCGAUGUGGACCUCCAGCCACCAUCUGCCACGACGACGACACCUUCACCACUUAACCCCCAGCACCUCCAUCCGAUCAAUCGAGCUGUGUCAUACCUCAGAGGGGGGGGUAGUGAAAAGGUGAAUGAUUCAAAUUCCGAUGGACUGGUUUUAAGUCCCGAAGGGCCCGGCCACUCUCCCACCAGCCCCUCCCCACAGCUGGAGGAGAUGGAGCCACGGCUCCUGGAGUUCGAGCAGGACCCGCCCAACUGGAGGGAGCUGGCCUCCCCUGAAGCCCUAUCCAGCCUCAGCAAGAAGGAGACCAAGAGGCAGGAGAUCAUCAACGAGUUGUUUGCGACUGAGCAUGCCCACAUGCGGAUGCUCAGUGUCCUGCAGAUGGUUUUCUCCAGGCCUUUGGAGAGAGAAGAGCUCCUGACCGCCACAGAGCUGGCUGCCAUCUUCCCCAGCCUGGAUGAGAUCAUUGAAAUGCACUAUAACUUCUACGAGAACCUGAAGGAAAUGCGUUUGAAUGACAACUUUGUAGUUAAAUCCAUCAGCACCACAAUGCUCAACAGAUUUGGAGGCCCAGAGGGGGAGUGGUUCCAGAAACUGACAGCCCGUUUCUGCAGUCACCAGUCGUGGGCCUUGGACCAGAUCAAGAGCAGGCGGAAGAGGGACCCACGCUUCAACUCCUUCAUACAGGAGGCAGAGAGUAAGCCCCAGUGCCGCAGGCUGCAGCUCAAGGACAUCAUUCCCAUCGAGAUGCAGAGACUGACCAAAUACCCGUUGCUGUUGGACAAUAUUGCGAAGAACACAGAGAACUCAAUGGAGAAGGAGAGGAUCCAGCAGAGCGCAGAGUGCUGCAAAAAGAUCCUCAACCACGUCAACGAGGAGGUCAAAGUGAUGGAGAACCUAUUGACUCUGAAGGACUACCAGCGUAGAUUGGACACAUCAGGGCUCAAACCCAGUAAUGAGCUUUAUACUGAAUAUAAGAACGUCGACCUGACCCAGAAGAAGAUGCUUUAUGAAGGUCCUCUGACCUGGAGAGUCACAAAGGAAAAGGCACUUGAGGUGCAGUGCGUGUUGCUCGGGGAUCUGCUGGUGCUUCUGCAGAGACAGGAUGAUAAGAUGGUCCUCAAAUGUCAGAGCAAGAGCAACAUCGCCAUUCAGGAGGGAAAGCAGAUGCUGAGCCCCAUUAUCAAGCUGGACUCAGUCUUCCUUCGAGAGGUGGCCACAGAUCGAAAGGCCUUCUAUGUCAUAUUCACUUGGGACAGCGGGGCUCAGAUCUAUGAACUGGUGGCUCAGUCGCUUGCAGAGAGAAAGAUCUGGACUGAUGUGAUUAAGACAGCAGUGGAUGAUCUGAAGAAGAGCGGAACACCCUUAAAGUUGACGCUGCCUCCUGGAAGCGGAGGACCUCCCUUCAGUCCUUUCUCACUGACUGCCCCUUUGAGCCCGACGGAGAAUGGAGGUUUGAAAAGCAGCAGUGAUCAAGAUAAGGACAGCUUGACAGAUGAUAAGUCCUUAGACCCCCGGCACAGGCUGAUCGAUUUCCUGUCGGACAAAGGCUUCGACUUGAUCGGCCACUCAAACAGCGAUCAGGAGAAGGUGGCUAACAAUGCUUUGGAUGAAGUCAUGUUGCUGAAAAGGCUGUUGAUCGGCAGCAUCAGCCUAUCAGAAGACUCGCAGCCUGAUGAAGAAAACGCAGAGGACCAAUCAGAGCGGACCAGCCAAGAAACAGAUGGCUCUCUGUCAACAGAAGACGGCCAAACCACAGACAGGGCAGCGCAGGAGGAGGACGAGAACGAUAACUUGUGUGAAAAAGAAGGUGCAGGGAUGAAGGGAGAGGAGGAGAAGAGCAUCAGCGCGCCCCUGGUGCUGUCCCAGGAGAGGAUGGAAGAAGUGUGCAGGAGGCUCCACAGUCUGCAGGAACAACUAAAUAGACUACAGACUGUAGAGGAGGAGCACCACAGACUGCAGGAGGCCCUUUCCAAGUUCUCUCUGGAGGGGGGAAACUUCCAGUAAGACACCACCACGCCACCUGCUGGCCUUAAGAUUUGUACUGAUGCUGGUUUGAAGUGCAAGAGUUCCUUUCAAUGGCUCUACCUGGAAAAUCCUAAAUCCUCACACCUGGACCUUUUGCUGCCUAAGAGGGGCUUUUGUGCACAGUGCAGUGGUUCAGUGAUGAAUCAUGGGAGGUGUGUGCAGGCGUAAGUGCGGAUGUUUGUGUGCAUUCUUAAUAGAGUGGUACACAUACAAACGGGACCUCCUGCUUUUGAGCGGGGGGUUGUUUUUGUGGAUGGGUGCCAAGAAAACAAAAAAACUAAAGCAAUAUAUUUUUUUGCAGUGAGGAGAGAUGCUGCCUAACAAGAAUCUUGAUUGUGAUCUGCUGUAACACACAUACGCACACCAGAGACACGCAUGCCAGAAAAUAAAUUACAUUAUUGCCAAAAGUAGAUGUACAAAAGAUGAGAAAUGAGCUGUAACCAGGUGGAGCCUUAAAGGGCCAAUGUAGCGUUUGACGAUUUAUUGAAACUACUACUGCUGAUAUCUAGUGUUAUUUCUAGUUCAUGCCAAAGCACCACAGAGAUGCACUUUGUUCAAACUAAAACAAGUCGACACCCGCACUGUUUUUUCAACAUUUACUUUAUUGCUCUCUAUUCAAUACAGUCUGGGCUUCAUGUAAGCAGCCCGCAUUAUUUAGAAGAUUUCAUUCAUGAAAGUGUGUGUAUGUGUGUUACAAAGUUUUUAACUGCUUGUUUGGAGGGUUCUUAUUGUUCUAAGGUCAAAUAGAAACAUUUAUAAAUAGUGGCACUAUAGGUAAUCAGUGCUGUCAGUAAUGGAGAUUUGUUUUUAUUUAUUCCUCUGUCGGGUCUGUGUUGCCUCACCUGAGUGAAACUGUUACAGCACUGGGCCAAAGGAAGAUGGAGAAGUGAGACGGAGAAAAGAAAAUACAUAUGAGAAGGUGAACUGAUAAUGUGUACAUUAGAUGGAGGUAGAGAGAGAAGGGGAGCGAUGAUGGGAUUGGGAGCGAAUUCAGAGAGAGGUUGGGUUGUUGCUUUGGUUCAUUUGAAACUAGUUUGGACACGAAAACCUGAAAAUAGGAUUUGCAUUCACUGGACUGGAGUAAACAUAGACACACACAGAAAAGUACUCACAAAAGUCUCUUAAUGUUGGCUGUCUACUUUCCCCACUCAAGGUUUACAUCCCCACGAUCCAAACCACAGACAUAAUACAUCACAUAAUAUGACUAUAGAGUCACAGUAGAAAAACAGAUUUUCUUCCCCUUGUUGCAGCAUUUGCAUCAAAAUAGAGCCCUGUCUGCCUUUGUUUUUUAUUCAGAUUGAUUGUACUUGUGAUUAUGAUAGUGGCAUGACUGUGUCUGUGCACACAGGACCAAAGACGUAACAAAGAUCCUCAGACCAGCUGUUAUUGUCUCGCUUGAACUAUGUAGUGACACGAUGCUGCCAAAAUCCCCCAAAACUCCAACAUGUGGUCAAUGAAGUGAAGGGAUUCAAAAAAGUGUGUAAAAGAAUAAUUCAUUGGCUGUCGUUAAAAUGAUCUGGUUUUCAACUCUUGGAUAAAUGUAGAAAUUACAGAGAUGACGAUUGUCAGACGUCCCAAGCCCUAUGACCAAACCAAAACCAAAUGUAUAGUUCUGUCAUUCCCCGCAUGGGAAAUGGUUCCAGCAGUAUAAACAAAAAGGACAGGACUACAAGACAGUGAAGUCAGACGAGGGUACAAAGGAAACUGAAAGUUUGGAGGAAGGAAAACAGCAGUCUCGUUCCAAAGUUCCCCUCAGCAGUUCUGUAAUCAUGAUCACUUCCUGAUAUGCAUUCUCAUCCCCCUUUCACCUUACUGAAUCUCAGUAUGAAAUUAUGCAAAUCGUUUAGUUCCAUAAUUCCUUUGACGGUCACAAGUUAAUCAUAACAGCUUGUGUUAUAGCAUCGCUGCAGUCUCUUCCUGUGUCUUCCUCUUGAUGUUGAAGAAAAACAAAAUGUUUAAAAAAAAAAGUAACAAUUAUCACCCCUAUUUUCUUUUAAUAAAGCUAAUUAGCGGCACAUCUUGAUAAGACCCUCACCUGUGACUGCAUGAUCACCUCAUUCUUCACUGUCCAUAUGUUGUUGCAUAUUUCAUUUGAUUUACUUUUCCGGGCCCAUGAGGUUUUUGUUACUGUUUCCAAAACAAGCUUUUGUAAUUAUGUACUGUGUAUUUGCCCAUUGUGAAGAGAGAGGAGAGGCUUGUCUGUAACGUUGUCUAUGAACCAAUGAAAUUAACAGAAAUGAGUCCAGCUCCCAGUGUCCACCCGCUCUGUAUUGUGGUGAACAAGCUAACCAAUGGGAUACAUUUAAAAGACAUCAUCUCACACCAGAAAUGUAACUUACAGGCAAUUCUAGCUCUCUCCUCCCUCCGGAUGCCUUUUCCUCAUGAGUUCUAAAUACAAAUACCUAGAUGUAUAGAAAUGUAUUUAUAGAGUGGCGCCUUGUUCAAACGAUCAAGUUGUUUUCUGCAUAAAGGGCUCCUGAGUCUGUAAACACAAUCAAAGUUGUUCUGGUAAGGCUGUGACUCUGACCUCUGAGUCGAGAUAUCGACCAAAAAAGCAUUGACAGGUCAACCCAGGAUUCAGAUUUUGUUUCCAAAUCCAUCAAAUCAAUAGGACUCAAGCCCUCCACCAACUCAGAAAAAGACACUGCUUAUUUUCUUUUGUUGACAUUUUGUCUAUCUAUAAACAAUGAAUAUGCAAGAACUAUACUGUGUAUUUGGCUUUUUGAUUUUUAUUGUGUAAGAUGCUCUUUAAUGAUGUACACUUCAGGAAAAUUGUGGUACGUUCUGUUUUUUAAUUCUUCAUUUUUUUUUUUAAUAAAUUGGGGAAAUAAAA